UCGUAAACAAGAUUAGCAUAAUACAUGAAUAUUUUGGUAAUAUUUGUACUUUUAACUAUAACCAAGGCGAUGUCAAGUGCACAAAGAUUUCAAAAUGCUUUAAUGUCAAGUAUUUUCUUGUAAAAUGACAUCUUACUGAUCUUCUAAGUCCAUUGUUUAUCACAUUCACAGGGGAUGACUUCAAUGAAAAGUAUGAGGAUGAAUCGUUUCUGAGGCAAAAUGCAAACUUUCGUCUUGAAUCUGCCUAUAGUAGUGUCUUACAGAUGGAACAUUCGGCUAGGCAAGAGGUAGCAAAGCUAAGAAAAAUGUACGAGAAAAUGGAAAGUGUUGCAUUAACGGAAAUACAGGACGUGUCGGCUAGACUGAUAGGCAUUCUACUGGAAACUAAAGAGAAAGUACAAACAAAGUUAUCAUUAGAUUAUGAGAGCCAAAUGGAAAUAGAUCAUCUUGUCGGAAAUGCGGUUGCCAGUGUUAAGAAAAAGGAGUUUAAGUUUGCACCGUCUAGAGACUUUUUAUCGUGUUUAAAACUGGGCACACUCCAACAAGCUACCAGGCCAAACAAACACCGGAGACAUCCAAUGAACCCACGGGCACGUUCUCAGUCACCAUGCCUUGCUUACAGAGACAGAACGCAUGGCCAUCACAGACAUCGCUCGUCAUCUUCGUCCAGUUCCUCCCAUUCAUCCGGUUUCAUACAGAUUGAAUGGGCAAAUGGUCGAAGUAUAGAAACGUCAAAUGCAUAUAAGGCAGUUCAUAGGGAAGGUAUUGAAAAACAGUUGUUUAUAGAUGCAAUAGACGGGCUAGUUUGUUGUCAGUCUGAGGUUUGUACGUGUGCGAUUUCUUUAAAACGGACAGAGUCAGAUUUAAGCUCAUAUUCAGGUACCGCUUCUUCUUUUGCGUCAAGUACGGAACAGACAUCGAUUGAUUUAAAUGAUACAGUGGUGACUCUUGACUUAAAAGAAAUAGAAUCAAACAUGUUUUGGCCGCAAUUUUGUGCUGUUGAUAGAGACACUAUAGCCAUUUUUAUAUACGAUGUUUACUCUUCCAGUAUUCGAAAAUAUAUGAUAAGUAAUGGUGAAUGUAUAUGGACAAUAGCGGUAGAAAAUGGUGAGAUCGACAAUAUGAUAGUAUGUGGCGAACGAUUGUACAUAUCACAAAACGAGAAGAAUCGAAUCCAGUCUUUUAAACAAGAAACAGGCAAAAUCGAUCAAUACUUUUCGCUGACAGAAAAUGUUCGUUUUCCAUUUGGCUUAGCCUGCAAUCAUAACCAGAAUACCAUACUUGUUACAGCAUAUAAUUACAACGGCAGCAAAGUAUUUGACAAAGAAGGAAAAUGUAGAAUAGACCGUCUGAUGGACAGGCUCAGCUGUAUGCAAACAAGUAAAGAGGUGACUACCCGUACCAUACUGGAGUGGAUGGAGGAUGACUAA